GUUUAGUGUCCAGCGAAAAGGGGCGCCAGAAUGGUGCGAUGGAGUGCCCGGUCCCGUCGGGCGGCGCGUCAGGACAAGGUUGAGCUGCUCGCCAGCAACAACAGGGUCAGUGCCGGCGAGGAUGAUACAUCCGAUAACGCGGCCUUUCGCCACUCCACGGACCUCUCCGACCACGACGAGAUCUUCUUGAAGGGCCUGCUGCUCAGCAAUCCCAGCACACCCCACAGGGAGCUGCUGCUAAAUCCCACAGAGCCACAGCCAGUGCCCGUCUUUCUGCCCGCUCAUCUCAACAAUAAGCCAAUCUGUGACGAUAUUAUACGUAAAUUUUCACCCUCCAGGCGAUUGGAGUCGCGAGAGCUAGCUAAACUAUUGGCCCAACCUCAUUUUCGUGCUCUCUUGCGUGCCCACGAUGAGAUAGGAUAUUUGUUUGAGCAACGUUUAAAAGCUGCCGGCGGCUCAACCACCCAACUAGAACUCGCCAGUCAACGCCCAACCGGCACCUAUCUCUACACGGAGGAUAUACUGAAAAGCAAAAUGCCAGUGGAGACCAUCAAGAUGGUGGGUCUGCGUCGUGAUCCCAGCAAACCCCUGGGCCUCACCGUCGAAAUGGACGAGUACAAGCAGCUGGUGAUUGCGAGGAUUCUAGCAGGCGGUGUCAUUGAUAAGCAGAGCAUGCUGCACGUCGGUGAUGUUAUACUGGAGGUGAAUGGCACGCCCGUGCACUCGCCCGACGAGCUCCAGGUGGAGGUGUCGCGCGCCAAGGAGAAUUUAACCUUGAAGAUUGGCCCCAAUGUGGAUGAGGAGAUCAAGAGUGGGCGCUAUACCGUGAGUGGGGGACAGGUAAAACAGAACGGCAUCGCGGGCCUAGAGGCGGGCAAGAAGCUGACGUGCUACAUGCGCGCCCUGUUCACAUAUCAUCCCUCGGAGGACUCUUUGCUGCCAUGCAGGGACAUUGGCCUGCCCUUCAAGUCGGGCGACAUUCUGCAGAUCAUCAAUGUCAAGGAUCCCAAUUGGUGGCAGGCCAAGAACAUCACUGCAGAAUCGGAUAAAAUUGGUCUAAUACCGUCACAAGAGUUGGAGGAGCGCCGCAAGGCGUUUGUGGCACCCGAGGCGGAUUAUGUGCACAAAAUUGGCAUCUGCGGCACGAGGAUCUCCAAACGAAAGCGCAAGACCAUGUACCGAUCCGUGGCCAAUUGUGAGUUCGACAAGGCGGAACUUCUCCUCUAUGAGGAGGUGACGCGCAUGCCGCCAUUUCGCAGGAAAACUUUGGUACUGAUUGGCGUCUCCGGUGUGGGCAGACGCACGCUCAAAAAUCGCUUGAUCAACAGCGAUGUGGAUAAGUUUGGUGCAGUCAUUCCACAUACGAGUCGCCCGAAGCGCGCCUUGGAGGAGAAUGGCACCAGCUAUUGGUUCAUGGAUCGCGAGGAAAUGGAGGAGGCUGUCAAACAGAAUGAAUUUCUCGAAUACGGCGAGCACAAUGGCAAUCUCUAUGGCACCCACUUGCAGUCCAUCAAGGAUGUCAUCAACAGCGGUCGCAUGUGCAUCCUGGACUGUGCACCAAAUGCUCUCAAGAUCCUACACAAUAGCCAGGAACUGAUGCCAUUUGUUAUAUUCGUUGCGGCACCCGGCAUGGAGCAGCUCAAGACAAUCUAUGCCGAUCGCCGGGCAACCGGUUCCAAUAGAAAUCUAUCCUUUGAUCGUCAAAGUUCCAUACGCUUCAGCUCCCGGCGUGCACGUACGCUCGAAUCGUUAGCAUCGCUUUAUGAGGAUGAUGAUCUGGUGGCCACUGUGGAGGAGAGCAGCUUUGUGCAGCGCAAGUACGAGAAAUAUUUCGACAUGGUUAUCGUCAAUGAGGACUUUGAUGAGACGUUCCGUCAGGUGGUGGAGACACUCGAUCAGAUGAGCCACGAGGAUCAAUGGGUGCCCGUUAAUUGGAUUUACUAGACCAUACAAAUGUCUUCUUGCAUUAUGCAUAAAAUAUAACAUCUCCGCAGAAUAUUUCUCUACAGCAAACAGCUAAUUUGUAGCCUAAGCAAAGUGUUCGUUCAACUCCAAAAUUGUUUUAUCUUUAUGUAUAUAUGCAAUGCAAUUCAUUUUUUGUAACCAUUUUUGAGCUCUCCUUUUGAGUUUCCCCUGCGUGAAAUGUGCCCUCCGUUUAUGCUUCGAUUUAAGCCUAAGUUUACCUAACGAAUUCGUCCAUUUAUAAACUACAAACUAUAUUAUUUUGUUUAAUUUAUACAAAAAGCAAAAACAAAUAUCAUUUAUGCAAUUUAUAAUGUUAAAUACGAAUCUCCUGAGUACAAGAAACCAAUCCUUUCUGCCAAUAUUUCAGUUUAGCGUUUAGUUUUUUUGUGUUGAAUAAAGUUUCGUAAGUGUAAAAGAAA